AUGCGUCUUUACGCCAAGGAGAUCGAGGCCAAGCUGUUUUCUGUGCACGAUUACCCGAGCGGCAGCCGCGGAGAUGCCAGCGCCGCAUCGGUAGAAGACCAGCCGCCUACGGCCGGAAAUGCUGCCACCGCCACCGCCACCAACGCCACCAACGCCACCAACGCCAACAGCGCCUACCAUACGGUAUGGAAGACGGCAGACCCAGAAGCUGCUACUUCCACCCCGGAGCAGGUGCGGGAGACGGCGGCCCUCAGAAAGAGCCAGAGCACCAUUAAAUGCUACAAUUGUGGGAUAAUUUCCACCCUUUGUGGUGGAGGGACGAAAGCGGUCAUACGGUUUGCGAUGCAUGUGGAUUAUACUGGAGGCUUAAGAGUGCCCUUAGACCUGUUGAGAUGA